AGAUCGAUGACUGGAGAUCAGGCCAGCGAGCACAAGCGGCUGGAGGUCGGACUCGUCGGCUUCGACGAAUGGAAAAGAGCAGCUGCUGCCGUGGAGGCCGUGACACCUCCCGAGGAAAUACAAGCAGAUCUUGAUCGUCUUCUCUUUCUCGUCGCCAUUCCGCCUCCCCUCCCCUUCCCUGGUUUCCUAAUCUCCUGUCGAGCUAUUUUUACCGACUACCGAGUGGUCUCGCCCAAGAGAGGAGAAUAGUGGCCAAGUCACAGAUGCAUGUGAUUGGCAACGGCGGUGGUGAAGUGCCGAAGGCGCACGCUGCGAUGGCGACGGUGCAGGUGAUCGCCGCAGGCUACCACGUUAUCGCGAAGCAGGCGCUUAACGUGGGAAUAAACCAGGUGGUCUUCUGCGUCUUCCGCGAUCUACUCGCACUUUCCAUCCUCGCUCCAAUCGCCUUCAUUCGUGACAGAAAGGUUCGAGCUCCAAUAACCUGCCAUAUUCUUCUAUCAUUUUUCAUUUUAGGAUUAACUGGAAUUUUUGGCAACCAGCUUUUGUUUCUUAUUGGCCUUAGCUACACAAAUCCAACAUAUGCUGCCGCUAUUCAACCUGCAAUACCAGUGUUUACAUUUAUUUUGGCUGCAAUCACGGGUACUGAAGCAGUUAACUUGCGAAUGAGAGAAGGUCAACUAAAGAUUGUAGGCACACUUGUAUGCGUGUCAGGGGCUGUUCUGAUGGUUUUGUAUAGGGGUCCAGCUAUAUUUGGAAACAGUGGCUUUGACCUGAUUGCUCAUAAUGAAAUAAGUGCCAGGUCUCAGCCUGAACCGGCUGGAUGGUUAAUAUUUUCUUUGAAUGAAUUCGGACUUGAAAAAUGGCACAUUGGUGUCAUUUGUUUAAUCGGAAAUUGUCUGUGUAUGGCUAUUUAUCUUUCUUUACAGGCUCCGAUUUUGACAAAGUUUCCUGCCAGCUUGUCUGUGACAGCAUACUCUUAUUUCUUUGGUGCCUCCUUGAUGUUGUUAUCAGGAAUUUUCACAACAACAGAUUAUUCAGAUUGGAUAUUGACAGAACCUGAAAUUAUUGCAGUUCUUUAUGCGGGCAUUAUUGCAUCUGCUUUGAAUUACUGGCUAUUGACAUGGUCCAAUAAGAUUAUUGGGCCUGCCCUCGUGGCUCUGUACAAUCCUCUUCAACCAGUUGUCUCAGCAUUCUUGUCGACCUUAUUUCUGGGCAGUCCCAUUUACGCUGGAAGUAUUAUUGGAGGGCUUUUAAUCAUCUCAGGCCUAUACUUAGUGACAUGGGCUCGAUGCAAAGAGAGUCAGGUAGCUGCUGGAACAUCAUCAUAUGUGAAAUUUGUUUCAGAUUCUAUUCGUGAUAGGUUGCCACUUGUAACACGAGGAACUGUCUUCUCAAGUUCAUCCUUGGCAUUGACUAGAUCUUUGAGUGAACCACAUGAAUCUUGAAUGUUUAUGAUUUGAGGGGAUGAUAUGCAAAUUUCUUAAUUUUAAUGUAGAGAAAGGAACAUUCAUCACUAUUAAACAAUUAAUAACUCUUGGGGAAAAGAAAUCGUAUUACUGUGAAAGAACACUCUUGUCUUUUUAUAAGGGAUCCUUGUUCCGUAUGCACUGCUGUGCAUGGGUGAUUCUAUCCAAAUGUGACCAGCUGGUUCAUGGUUGACUGCUGCUAAAAAGGAAGAACAGCAGAAUUCAAAUUAAGGAUCAAUAUGCAUUCUUAGGCAUUUUUCUGAUGUAUGUGUUGUUGUAGCUAUUAUUGUCUUUGAAGAGCAUUAAGACUUUGCUCUAAUUAUAGAUUGUGCUCAAGAAUGAUGCUUAGAAAUUUUCUUUUGCAGUUCAAAGUUUAGGUAAAUCAUAAAACUUUAUGUAACUAGUUAUAUGGCAGGCAAACUUCAUCCAA